AUGGCCACCACCCUUCUCCUUGCCGCGGCCCUCCUCCCGCCGGCCUUCCUCCUCGCCACCUUGUUCUUCAUCAUCCGCCCACGCCCCGUCAAUAUUCCCAUCAAGGACCGCCAUAUGUUCAUCUCUGGGGGCUCCACCGGCAUCGGCUUCGCCAUAGCCCGCCAGGCCGCCAUCGAUGGUGCCCGCGUGUCCAUCCUCGCCCGCGACGCGUCCAAGCUCGAGGCGGCCCGCGAGGAAAUCCGCCGGACCACCGGCGCCGAGGUGGCCAUCUACAGCGCCGACAUCAGAGACGAGGCGGCCGUCAACAAGGCCAUCGCGGCGGCGGGGACCAUCGACCUGCUGGUGUCCAACCUGGGGGUAGGGAUAGGGAAGGAAUUCGAGGAUACGACAAUGGAGGAGAUCAGAUUCCAGGUGGAUGUCAAUAUCAUGGGCACACUAUACCUGCUCAAGGCCGCUCUGCCCCGCAUGAAGAAGGCCUCCGUCGAGGACGGCUUACCACGCUCAAUCUCCUUCACGACCUCAAUGGGCGGACAGGUGACCCCUGAUUCUUCAGCUCCCCCCCUCUGUCGUUUCCCCUUUCGUCUUCUUCCUAAGAGUUUCCGGUGAGUGGCUUUACCAACUGCGAGCUCUUUAUUCACAGACGGGAAUCUACGGCUACGCGGUUUACUGCGCGACCAACUACGCCGUUCGUGGGCUGGCGGAGGCAUUACAGAUGGAGCUGCACGGGGAGAACAUCCAUCUGUCCUUAAUCCUGCCGGGCGACACCGACACUGCCACCGGAAAUAAAGGUAUAAUUGCACAGAUUUCAGCCAUGGUCUCAAUGUAUCAGUGAGGAGAGCCUCGCUGAUUUACCCUGCUGUGAUAUGCUCACCAUGAAUCCUGCUGUGGGCUAAAUCUGAGAUUUGCUUUUGAGACAUUCUGACCAUUUUCGUGUCUUGCAGAUAGAACUACUCGGCCGGAGCUCACCAACCUGAUCUCGGGGACCUCCGCCAUGCAGACCGCCGAGGAGGUCGCAACGCUGGCCAUCAAAGGCAUCAGAGCAGCGGACUUCAAUGUCUGCGUGAAUUCCCAGGGGCUGAUGUUGGCAUUGGCGACGGCUGGCUUCUCUCCUCAAAGGUCUUUCUUGAUGGCCUUCCUCGAGGUCUUCGGGGGGGGACUGAUGCGCUUUGCCGGCCUGUGCUACCUCUCCUCCUGGUACAAGACUAUAGAAGAGUACAAGGGGAAGACUAAGAAGGCCAGAAAAUAA